AUGAAUACCGUGGACUGGGAGAAUGGCAUUGUUGACGCUGAAACUCCUCUUGCUCCAUCGUUCAGGUCGUCGACACCUCUUCGAAAACUGCUUUUGGACUACCUUUACAAUAUUGAGCCUAUCCUCCAAGACUCAGCCGUAGAUUGGGACGCAGAACACCUGGACGGUACUCUUGCUCAAAACCUGCGGACCACGUUCAAUGCUGCGUCAUGCAAAGUGCUCGCGGCCACAGGUUUUGAUGUUACAGAUGUGGCAAGUUGGUCGUGGAUUCUCUCCUCUUCGACAAUCGACAUUGCUGUGCAAAGGUAUACGCUCUUGACGGACGAUUUGCGGAGAUCUGGAAGCCAGCCUCCACCCAAAUUCAUACUCUUACAGCUCCUUCGCGCCAGCCAUAUCAGUCACUUUGCGCUAAAGGAACUCAUCAAAAGCAUCUUGACCGAUCUACGCAUGGCACAAGAAAAUAAGCAUUAUCCUGGAUGGGGUUGGGUGACUCGGGUGUCUUUGGUAGUCAGACUUCUGCGGCAUGCUCGUCGGGUGGCGCCUGAUUGUCUCGAAGACAUCAGCUUGAUCAUUGGACACCUUUUCUCCGACUACUACGCAACAGAGCGUCUGCUCGAGAGGCCGGAGUUGCAGCGUUUGACUCACCUCUUCAACCGCUUUCUAACCCUGAUUGCCUUGUCGCCAGCCACGGCGCCUUUCAACGCAUAUCCUCAACAGCAGAACGCACAGUUAAGGCUGGUCCGCCUCAUGGUUGCCUUUCAGCCUCAGUUGCCGCUCACGCGUGAGGGCUACCGAGCGCUUAUCACGGUGCAGUUGUUGCACCGCAAAACGGAGAGUGAGCGGAUAUGGGCGGAAGCAAAAUCGCCAUCCUGGCCGCCAUGGCGGCAGAUUAGAUCGGGGAUCGAGCAGGACCUGGAAUAUCCGGGCAAGGAAAGUCGUGUCAUGAAACUUUUACGACGAAUGAAUGAGGCCGGCUACGCGCACGGCGAAUGGGAAAGGAGCGCUGCGGUGUUGGCAGGCUGGGAUACAGACAAGAGUCCUACUAUCCAAACUCGAGCGAUUCUCACUCCGCCGCCGCGACCGUGGACGUUGUUGGACCCUCAGACCCGUGCUUCGGAUGGGCCAGAUCUCUGGGCAGCACGUAUACGGGCUACUAGGAGCAGGAGAGAGGCCUGGGCUUCUUUUUGUGCCUACGAAAAGUCGACCGACUCAUCGAAAGUACGCUAUCAACCUUAUUUUGCUAUGCUGGAGAAGUUACUUGUCAAAACCGUGGCGGCAGAUUCUCGUGCUGGAGUUGCAUAUACACCUGGAGAUGUCAAAGAGGUAUUCGAAGAUUCCACCAAUCCCAGGGAUCUGAUCUACAUUGAGAAGGACGUUCCUUCUGCAGAGGAGUUCUACCAGCAUAUGCUACAAAUGGGCAUCAGGCCAGGCGGUCAUCUGCUUAGUGCACUCUUGAGAAAUGCUCCGGACGUGAGGGCUGGCUUUGCCUAUGUUCAUGAUAGUAGGUGGGAUGCUCUUACGAAGCGUGUGCUAUGUCAGGCCGAAGAUUACUCUCUCACUGUGAUACGCAAUGCUCUCAACGCUGUUCCAGGCCACGCUUUGGCCGCUUUAAUCGGACUGUUGGCCAGGCACGGCUUUGAUGACGAGCUUAUUUUGCAAUGGCGAGCUCAGCAGACGGGCAUCAGAGAGACUGUAACCCCAUUUGGGUAUGCAUGGGAGUUAUUGAGUGUGGCACGAUCGAGCGACUCUCGUCUUUGGAAUGCACUGCUCGAAGGUGCAUGCUUUUGCUUGAACGAGACUAAGAUUGCGGCUGCAGACGGUAGGCUUCAAGUUGAUCCUGCCAUAUUACGGGGGAUGAAAUAUGACAUGUGGUGGCGACUGUGGACGACGUUUGGGCCCUCGGAAAGACCACAUCGCGUCCAUGCCGAUCUAGCGACAUUCAGACACGCCGCAGGCAUAGUAUCUGCGAUGAUCAAGGACCGACGCCUGCAAUUGUCACCUACACGACUGGGUCUGUUUGCAAAAUCGAUUUUUCUGCAGGCUGUGUACGGACGGCGAGUCGCAGCGUUCCUCCCUCCAGCCAGUACUCCGCUUUUGGUUGUUCCCGAUCAACGCGAUCUUCGACUGUUAGUCAGGGUGCUAGUAUCGACGCACGAUAUUGACAGCCUCGUGGCAUUAGUUCGUUGGCUGAACGAACAUGCCGAAACCUUCGCGGCGUCCAACAUGUACCAAGGCUCUAUUCAUGCCGAUGAACUGGACCAUAAUCUACUAUCCGGCGGAGAGCUCCCGCCACUCCGCGGAGUCUUGUGCGCGAUCCGUCUGCUUCUCGAGGGAUACUCUUCGAGUUCAUCGGAUGGCCAUGGUCAUGAGUGGUUCCGGACACCCCUCUUGGUGCCUGCACAAACUUUGGAAGAGGUCAGGACGCAAUGUGCGCCACUUGGCUGGCCUUCUGAUGCCGAAGUUGAGAUGUUUCUGUCCAGUGAAGCUGGCUGGUUGGCACGUGUUGCUCAUGAUGCAGAUGUGACGGCUUUCAAGCACGCCAGACGAGAGAGAAACAACAGCAUGACUUGGAAGCCUAGGGAGAAUACGGAACAAGAUCAGGAUGUAGGCGCAAGUGCACCCUUUGAUUCGGGGAAAGAUGAAGUAGGAUCCAAGGUUGCAGACCAAGAGGGUGUUGCCGCAAAUGUUUAA